CGUUACUCAAUUACCGACAAAAUUCCCUUACUCCUUUGCUGGGUCAUUCAAAGGCAACUGUGUGUGAGUUUGAUCCCCGAGUAUUUGGGCCGGGGCUUAGCAAGGGAGAACACCAACCAAUCGCACUCACUUUGGCAGGGGCCUGCGUGGUGUGGACUGACAAGGACUGGUGGACCACAGACGCAUCAAUGACUGUCGCGAUUGACUCUCAUAAUAAAGUCGGUCAAGCAGUACUCCUUCAUGGCCGCCUCACCACACACACACUGUACCCCCGUCGAUGUGGGGCUGCGCACACAGAGACACCGCCAAGGAACCCCAUGCCGCCCAUAACGCACUCACACCAGACAAACACCACUCACAAGCAGUGCACACACAUUGGUCGACCCCUUUCUUUCUCGCUCCACCAGACAGACAGGCAGGCAGACAGACAGACAGGCGAGAGACAAAGCCAUUACACGACGGUUGGAUAAAAGGCGAACGCCUCACGGAGCAAUCGGACGCCGAGAGAAUGCGGCAACAGGGCUGCAAAAAUGCCAGACAGAAACUUUGCCCCUCACAAUACACCCACUCACUCCACGGCUCAGAACCAAAGCACACAGGCAGACAGGCAAACGACGAGUGAAGAGCCCCCGGCCACACACAUGAGUGUGUGACACACACAGCCGCCCCCCAUGUGUGUGCGUGUGCGCAGUCUCUCCUACUCUAUGCUGAUCAAACGCAGCUCAACGUAGGGGGCAUAUUCGUCUGGCACUGUGACGUUCCUCACCUCCCCCUCUUUCAUCGACAGCAACGCCUCAUCCAACCAGCCAGCCCGACCAGACACACGACGCACCACCCCAAGGAGGUCAUAGGCUUUGCUCUGGCCGUCGAAUGCAUCACUCCACCCAAUCCGGUCGAACUUUAAGAGGUUGAGUGUGCCGGCUUUGGGCCUUCUGCCGGUGCCCUCCUCCACCACCUGAUAUGGAUAGCCAUACCGCGAUGUGCCCGUCCGACGGCCGACACUGCUGCGGUUGGCCGGCUGCUGCUGUGACGAUGAGGAGCCCUCCUUCCGCUGACGGAGUGUGGCACCGACGCCAUUGCCGCCGCCAGCCGCUGCUGCGCUGCACACACAGAGAUCUCAGGCAGACGCAGCACAAGGAGAUCUGAUCUGUGUGAUGGCCUCUGCCCCUCGUCGCCUACGUGAGCUGUCUGAGGUCGUCUGUGACGUUGGCCGCCAGUCUGAUGUCGCCGUAGUGCUCCGGGCGGAUGGCCAUCUGCUGCUCUUGGGCCUUGUAGUAGAAGCCGCCGCGGCCGUCGGUGAAGGUGUUGCGGCCCCAAAAGAGACCGACCAGCCGAUCACUCAUCGCGACGAGAGGCUGCUGAUGGCGUCACUGCACACACACAGAGGACACAGACAGAGCGAUGAAUGAGAGAGAGAUCUGUCACUGCAUCGAUCUGUACGGCUUCUUUGUUGACCUCUUGAGUGCUGUUCCGUGUCUGCG